UGACUAAAUCUAGAAUUUACCCUUAACUAAAUUCUUAAAAUCACGUCUCUUCCACUUCACACUUCGCAAAGCUUCCAUUGCAGAUAGAUUCAGUUAAUCUAUAAACAGAGUCCUAUUUUAAUUUGUACUUUUCUUUUCUUUUUUCAUUGCUAAUAUAUUAUCUGAAUCUAAAAUCCAAUUCCGUCGACAAAAAUAAAUUUUUUAGAAAAAAAUUAGGGCUUUGAUUCGAUUCUCAAUGGAGAAAAUCAGAAGAGCUUCGCAUGCAGGAUCUUGGUACACUGAUAACCCGAACAAGUUAUCGGAAGAGCUUGAUGGAUGGAUCAGGGCGGCUGGCUUGCCUAAAUCUUCUGAUGUAAGAGGUGUAAUUGCUCCGCAUGCCGGCUAUUCAUAUUCAGGUCGUGCUGCUGCGUAUGCUUUUGGAAACAUUGACCCGACAAACAUCACUCGGGUAUUCCUUCUUGGUCCUUCUCACCAUUAUUACACUCCAAAAUGCGCUCUCUCGACAGCUACAGUUUACAAGACACCAAUAGGGGACCUACCCAUUGAUUUGGAAGUCAUUGAAGAGCUGAAAGCUACAGGAAAAUUUGAAUUGAUGAAUCUCCGGGUUGAUGAAGCUGAGCACAGCAUGGAAAUGCACUUGCCAUAUCUUUCAAAAGUAUUUGAGGGGCAUCCAGUGAAAAUCAUACCCAUUUUGGUCGGUGCUCUUAGCGCUGAAAAUGAAGCAAUGUACGGGAAGUUGUUGGCCAAAUAUGUAGAUGAUCCUCAUAAUUUCUUCUCCGUGUCAUCAGAUUUUUGUCACUGGGGUUCUCGGUUCAAUUAUAUGUACUAUGACAAGAAGUACGGGGCCAUACACAAAUCAAUUGAGGCGCUAGACAAGAUGGGUAUGGAUAUAAUAGAAACUGGAGAUGCAGAUGCAUUCAAACAAUAUUUAUCUGAGUAUGACAACACGAUCUGUGGACGUCAUCCUAUUAGUGUAUUUCUUCAUAUGCUGAGCAACAGCUCGACGAAAAUAAAGAUAAAAUUCUUACGUUACGAGCAAUCGAGUCAGUGCAAAAGUACACGAGACAGUAGUGUAAGUUAUGCAUCUGCAGCAGCAAAGGUGGAUGCUUGAAGAUUGUAAAAGAAAAAAAAAAGUGUGGGUGAGAACUUAAUGGCAAUUUAAAUAAUGGUACUCAUGUUUUCUUUAAGGUACUGAUGAUUUGCUUAUGUUUGUUUUGGUGUUAUAA